CGCAGGCGCAGAAGGCCCCGUGGUCCUCCUGGCGGCUGCCCUGCGGUGCAUGCGCGCAUGGAGCCGCGCGCAAGCUUCCCCGGCGCGACCCGCGCCCUCCCCGCGCCUCGAGUGCUGUUCCGCGGCCCAGUGGAGCCGCUCAUCUUUCUCGGCAACUUCGCCUUGGUCCUGCAGGGCCCGCUCACCACGCAGUACCUCUGGUACCGCUUCAGUGCCGACCUCGGCUACAAUGGCACCCACGACAGAGGUGGCUGCAGCAACCACAGCGUGAACCCCGCCGUGCAGGAAGUGGAGACCCUCACCUCCCACUGGACGCUCUACAUGAAUGUGGGCGGCUUCCUGGUGGGGCUCUUCUCGUCCACCCUGCUGGGUGCGUGGAGUGACUGUGUGGGCCGUCGCCCGCUGCUGGUGCUGGCCUCGCUGGGCCUGUUGGUACAGGCCCUGGUGUCCAUCUUUGUGGUGCAGCUGCAGCUACAUGUUGGCUUCUUCGUGCUGGGCCGCAUCCUUUGUGCCCUCCUUGGUGACUUCAAUGGCCUCCUGGCUGCUGGCUUUGCCUCCGUGGCAGAUGUCAGCACCCACCACAGCCGAACCAUCCGAAUGGCCCUGCUGGAAGCAUGCAUCGGAGUGGCAGGGAUGCUGGCGAGCCUCCUUGGGGGCUACUGGCUCCAUGCCCAGGGUUAUGCCAACCCCUUCUGGCUGGCCUUGGCCUUGCUGAUAUUCAUGGCUUUCUAUGCCGCUUUCUGCUUUGGCGAGACACUGAAGGAGCCAACACCUUCCCGGCUCUUCACGCUCCGUCACCAUCGAUCCAUUGCCCAGCUCUACAUGGCUCCAGCCCCGGAGAAGUCCAGGAAGCAUUUAGCCCUGUACUCACUGGUCAUCUUUGUGGUGCUCACUGUGCACUUUGGGGCUCAGGACAUCCAGACCAUCUACGAGCUGAGCAGACCCCUCUGCUGGGACUCCAAGCUGAUAGGCUACGGUUCUGCCGCUAGGCACCUCCCGUAUUUCACCAGCCUGCUGGGCCUGCGGCUUCUGCAAACCUGCCUGGAUGACACCUGGGUGGCUGAGAUUGGCUUGGCCUUUAACAUCCUGGGGAUGGUGUUCUUUGCAUUUGCUACCAACACCCCCCUUAUGUUCACAGGGUAUGGGCUCCUCUUCCUGUCGUUAGUCAUCACACCCAUUGUCCGGGCCAAGCUCUCCAAGCUGGUGAGCAAAUCGGAGCAGGGUGCUCUCUUCUCUGCUGUGGCCUGUAUAAACAGCUUGGCCAUGCUGGUGGCCUCCAGCAUCUUCAACUCGAUCUACCCAGCCACCCUGAACUUCAUGAAGGGGUUCCCCUUCCUCCUGGGAGCUGGCCUCCUCUUCAUCCCUGCCAUCCUGAUUGGGAUUCUGGGAAAGGCUGAUCCUCGCUCUGAAUACCAGUAGUUUCCCCAGAGCCCCUGA